AUGUCCAAAGUGGCUGGCUUAUCUUGCAAGAAGAGCCGGCGGCUCUUGGAAUCCUUGCGCAAUCAGCAGCGGCACUUCUUGGGUACAGGGUUUGAGAGUGCCAAUAUCCUCCUCUCGCCCAAGUACCACCUUAGAGACAAGGAUCUGAGAAAGAUCCACAAGGCUGCGCGUGUCGGGGAUGCAAUCAGAGUGCGGAAACUCCUGCUUGGGAAACAUGGUGUGAACGACAGAGACAAGAAGAAGAGGACCGCACUGCACAUCGCUUGUGCUUACGGCCACCCGAAAGUGGUGAUGACCCUGAUAGAGGGAAAGUGUGAUGUCAACGCCAUUGACAGUGACAGGUGCACAGGUCUGAUGAAGGCUGUGCAAUGUCAGGAAGAGGAAUGCGCCACCCUUCUGCUGGAGAACGGUGCUGACCCAGACAUUGUAGAUGUCCGGGGUAACAGUGCUCUCCACUACGCUGUCUAUUACAAGAAUACAUCACUAGCUGAAAAACUGCUUGACCAUGAAGUGAAUAUUGAAGCAACAAAUAAGAGUGGCUUCACACCAUUUUUACUGGCUGUCAGUGAAAACAAACUGAAGAUGGCAAAGUUUUUAUUAAUGAAGAAUGCCAAUAGGCAUGCAGUUGAUAACCAGAGAAGAACAGCCCUCAUGCAUGCUGUAAGUCACGACUCCACAAACCUCGUCAGAUUUGUUCUUCAGGAAGGUGUAGACCUCUUUCUGAAAGAUGCCUUUGGACUGACUGCAAUCGAUUACGCUGCUGACUUUAAAUAUAACACCAAUAUGGAAAUCCUUCUUGAAUAUAAAGAAAAGAGAUGUGAGGAGUCCAAAAGAGUCAACUCAGUGGAAGAAGGCUCUGAGGAUGAUUCUCCCAGAAGGAAGAAUCAACAGAGCCAGGAAUUGGAAAACAUGAAAAAGGAAGAAGUGACAGAGCCAGGAACUGAAAGAGAACAAGCAGAGCCAGUGGGAGGAGUGACGUCAGUGGGAGAGCCAAGGAGCCUGGAUGGCAGAGGAGAUGACCAGCCUCAGGAAGGUGCAACAAAGCCAACGACUGGAAAAGAAGAGCAAGAUGUGACAUGCAUAGUAGCCACAGGAAAAGAGGAUGACGACGAAUCAUCUUGGGAUUCUGAGAGUGUCUCUGACAAUCUUCCACUUAUUCGUAUUGGUGUUGAUGGACUACUACAAGUAAAUGGUCAAGCAGUAGAAAAUCCAGAGAUGUAUCUUCGUUGGCUGCAUUAUCAGAAGCCGCCCUUGAAAACAUUAAUGUGCGAGAGCUGGCAGUUACACACAAGCGUUGAACCAGGUUUAGCAUUGACUUCAGAGGAACAGCACAAAGUUCUUGCCAGAAGUGAAGAUAACCAGUGUCAGGUUGGAGAAGAAAGAAAGCAGGAAUGGAAUGAAUGGGAAGCAUCAGAGAGCCUGCACACUGCUGCCCUUGACCAUGAGGAUGCCGGAUCCCCUCGAACGAGGAAGAACGGGAAGGCUCGUGCCCUGCAGUCUGCCAGUACAGACAGCAAAGAGCAGGAUGGUGGUUCUGCCUUGAGCAUAAAAGAAGAAAAGAAAAGAGGACAUGAAAUAUGGUCUUCUGGAGACUUUGUGACUGAACUGACAUCUGAGGAGUCUGAGUCGGUAGCUGGUGAUAUUCUGGCAGUGAAGGAUCCUUGGAGAGUAAAUGACAGGGAUCCAGAUAAAGGAAGGACUGCAAAGAGAAAAUCAGAGGAAAAGUACCAGGUACUAGAAAUGAGUGCUAUGGAAGACCCUGACGACCUGACCCAGCCGGCUGAGCUGAGCUCAGAGGACGAGGCAGACCCUUGCUCUAACAGACAGCAAACGGAAACCAAAGGUGAACACUGUGAGCUACUUACAAGAAAAAAUGGACACGUGGAAAACAGCGUAUCUGAAGAAGAGGUGACGAAAACAGAGCCAGUGGGAUCAAGAGUUGCAUUAAAACAAAAAGAGAAGAGAGAAAAUGAAAGAGUGAAGACACAAUUACCAGGAAAAGAUGAGCUUUAUACUGAAGACAUGGAAAAUCAGCAAUGCGACAUGGCUCUGAGGGUCCUGCACGUGAAAGUAAAACAGACUUUGAAGCAGUUGCAAGAGGCACAAGAGCGACGAGAGGAAGUUGCGCGGCGUUUUCAGCGGAUGCAGGAUGGCUUGCAGAAGCUUCAAGCUGAAUGUUCUGAUGCAGAAGUUACAAUACAAAAGCGAGGAGAGAAAAUUACAGAACUUCGGAAGCUGCGCGAAGGUUUGACUAGAGACAAAGAGGAACAGCUAAAGAGACUCAACAAAACCAUACCAUCUCUAGAGUGCUCUUUGGAUCAAAAGAAGAAUAAAACUGAAGCAUUAGAGCAGGAACUCACUGAAAUAAAGAAACACAUAGGAAUAAUGAGAAAUAAAUUGAAUGACCACGAAAAUGGAGAAUUUAGUUGCCAUGGAGAUUUAAAAACUAAAGAAUUUGAAAUGAACAUCUCAGUGAAUAUGUUUAAAAAUGAGAUCCAUGAACUAAAAGAAAAAUGGGGAGCUAUAAUGUCCAAAUACCUACCUCUGAAUGUACAAUUCAAAUACAUGGAACAGGAGUUGUUAGCAAUAAAAAUAGCACAAAAGCAGUAUGAGAAGCUGCACAAGGAUCAGAAGGCGCUGGAAAGAGACGUGCUAGACCUGCAGCACCAGCUGCAAGAGAACACGGCAAAAUUAGAAGAUAAAAAACGCACAAUGGCAUUAAGAGACAGUAAUAAUGAUUUGGUAAUCCUGAGUCAGAUGGAACUCAGGAUUGAAAGUCUCGAAUCAGAGCUCAAGAAAAUGGAAGCCGAGGAAGAGUCCAACACAAGGAAGGUAGAGCAAUAUAAGCAGUGCUGUGUCAGAGAGCAGGAACUCAGCAAGAUAUUAUCACAUAAGCUUGACAAGACUAAUAGAAAACUAAGCAAAGUCAGAACAGACAUUCUGCUGAUGACAGAGCGGAACAGAAAUGUGCAGAACUCUCUUCUCUCAAAGCCUGCCCAACAAAGUCCAAGCAGAAACUCAAAGCCUCCCAUAUCUGGCCCUCAGCCUUCUCCUGAGCCUAUGCGGAAGAGUUUGCUCAAAAAGCAGCAAAAAAUGGUAAAAGACAUAACUGAAGAGGUAGAUAAAGCUGCAGCUGAACUUGAGUCUUGGACCUUGAAAGCUUAUCCUUCAAGAUCUAAAUAA